AUGGCUGACAGCUCAGUGCAUCUCAAGCAAGAGUAUUACCAAACAGCGGGCCAUGCCUUGGCAGCCGCUAUCGUCCUUGGGCUGGUGGACAUCAUCGCCGUUGCAUCAAGGCUGCACGGUCGACGGCAACACAAGCAAAAGCUUAUGAUGGAUGACUGGUUGAUCCUACCUGCUUUGGUUUUUACUGUUGGUAUCGCAGUGAUUAUUGUGUUCGGAGUCUCGAGAGAAGCAUUUGGCAGCCCAACAAAGAUCCCUCCUGAUUAUGAAGGCAACUUGCUGGAGCUCAAAACAGACCAGCUAUCGACUAGCAUGACGCUUCAAUACACCUACUCGACCGUGAUCGUGGCCGCGCUUGGAUGCACAAAGGCCAGCUUCCUUUGCUUCUAUCGCCGCAUUUUCGCGGUCAAUAAAAGUUCCAGGACCAAUAUAGUGCUCCUCACCAUGCUAGGCUUCGUCGCUUUAUGGACGGUUGCCUUUUGCCUUACUUGCGUAUUCCAGUGUCGGCUGAACUUCUGGGCCAUUCGUGGCUCAAGCAUGGAUCUGGAAACUCAGUCAUCCGCCCUGCGCCUGGCUACAAUGGUCAAGACCUACAUCGUUGGCUUUGCCGAGGACGAAGACCCCAGCAGUUAUCUAUAUUGGGGUAUGGUUGAAUGCGGUGUCGCUGUGUUUGCUGCGUGUCUACCAACAUUGCAAUUUCUGUUGAGGGCGUUGCCAUGGGAAACACUCACAACAUCUAUUAGGGGACUGUUCAGCAGGAAUUCGAACAGUGCUGACCGCAGUGUUCCCGGGGUCAGACUUGAUAAAACCACCGUGGUUGAGUCUAUAAGGAUGAAGGAAGGGAGAGAUCUACAAAAAUCAUCCAUCCGUAGUAAGACGAGCGAGGACGGUAUUCUACACUCGUCUUCCUCGUAUGUAUAA